AUGGAACCAUGCGGAACACUUAUCUUGCUGAACUUUAAGUGAUUGCCCGAUUUAGUACUCUCUGGAGGCGGGCAAAUGUGAUCCCAGUUAGGGAACUUCAUAAUGGACGAAUAUAGUGGCCACUAUGAGGAAUUUCAGGAUGGAAUAGGCUUUGGGUGGCCUAUACUGAUGAGCAACUUGGCUACCCCCGGGUCGUCUCCAAGAACUCUGUGGAUCUCCACGCUGAAUUUGUUUUUGUAAUCUUCGCAAUCCAACAGGAUAUUGUUAUCCAUCAUUCACCAUUUUUCCCCCACUGAUUUUAGGUGCGAAACAGAUAUCCAUCGGAAGAGAACACCUCUCCGUCACAUGCACUUCAGAGAGACGAGAGUAGUUCAUUAUAGGCUGCUAGUUCAUUCAUCGGUCUCCUUCUGCCAUAGUUGAAAGAACUACAAACAUGCAGGCGAGGCAUAGAUGCCAAUACAGUGUGUUUUUUUCUUGGUAUUACCUUCUUUCAUUUCAGAAACAAAAAAUAGAAUUAACUUCUAUUUUCCAGAAGGCUGACAAGGCGUACAAUCUAUGAUUUAAUGAUUUAUGUAAUGAAUGUAAUGCUUUUAAGUGAUUGCCGCCCUGCUUUCAAUAUUCAUAAACAUCAACGAAAAAAUUUCCCUGCUUGGUAAUUUGUAAUGAUAAAUGUACUUUCGUUGUGGUGUUCUACGUCUUUAGUAAGUAGCAUUAAAAACGCAGUGUUGUCCUUUUACUAUAUGAUUUCUUACAAUGUUAUAAUUGCUCGUUUCUUUUUUUUUUCUUUUUUUUUUAGGUACUUUAUGAUAUUUCCUGAGUAUUUUCUUAGCCAGGUAUAGGUCGACUUCCGUUACGGUGCAUCAAAGAUUUCCCUGUCAUUUUCGUCGUUUUUCUGCUACCUGGAUAUGCUGUAUCUGGCUUUCUCAUUUGACUUCUUUCUGGUGAAGCGGUGGGCUGGAGCUUCUCUGCCGGUCGACAAAGGUUCACCAUGUUGAUGUUGAACUGAAACCUGGAGCUGACGGAGUGAGCCAUUUAUGCUAAAUUAAUCAUGCCGUUGACAUCAUGGAAUUUAUUUAUUUAUCUUUUGCGGUUUUAAUAAUUUGUGUGCUGUGUUCACUAGCUAAUUAUGAAGGACCUGCUGUGUUGGAUCCGCACAAAUCUGAUCAAGGAGAGGCCUGAGAUGUUCAUGAAAGGGGAUUCGGUGUAACUCUCUUCCCACGUUGUGCUGCAGAGGUCAAUGCUGUUCAUGGGUGGGUCCCUUUUUAAUCGACAUGGCUGUUUAUCGUGCGAUGCAGGAGACCUGGAGUUCUGGUCCUUGUAAACGACUGUGACUGGGAGCUGAGCGGGAAUCUUGACACCAGACUGGAGGAGAAGGAUGAAGUGGUCUUCAUUUCAACCCUACAUGGAGGUUAG